AUGUCUAACCCUUCCUCACCUCUCAGAUACGAUGUCGAAGCUGCCCUUCAACCUCCCGCUCCUAGGGUACGGGUACGGGUCAAAUUCCCCGAUGUGGCCGGUGAUUCCAGCAGCAGUGAGGAUGGAGAUGAGGAUGAUGGUGUAGGCGUAGGUAUCGGCGUACAUACCAGUCCUCCUGGUAUCAGGGACGAUGGUGAAGUACGUCGUAGGGCGCAUCCAUUAACAGCGGAUAUGCAAGAUGGAAGGGAAAGGUUGGAAUGGCAGAGCAUGUUAGCUUCCGUACUCAGCGGAGAUGUUCUCAAAGGUGAAGAGUCACGUCAAGGUGUCAAUCGACCGGAUGAUGAAGCUGUCAGGAGAGAUAUAGCUUCGAGCUUUUGGUGGCAGAUACGUGCCAAGCUACGGGGGAGAACAGAGGAUGAGGAACGUAGAAGAGUAGAGGAGAAACGUGGAAGAUUUGUCGAUAGGGUUUUGGAGGAGAUUGAUAGGUUUCAAGUCAAAAUCUCGACACAUCCUGCAGGGAUGGACCGAAGAUUGUCUGCUGAGAAUGCCAACGACAGAAAACUCAACGGUUCCGAUGAAGUGGAGAAAAAAUAUGAUGCAGAGAUGUCAGCUUUGGAUCAAGUGACAUAUAUAUUGGAAAAACUCAGUGUCAUAGAAACCCUUUAUCCUACUACGGUAGCGAUGCGAGCUGCCAAACCAUUAUAUAAUUCUCCCGAAUUACAACUUCGCGUCGAUGCUUUAACAGCUUGGUCAACAGUCGUCGCUGCACUACAAUCUCAACUCAAGAUCUUACGACGAUGGACAGGUUCAGAAGAAUUGGAUAUCACCAAACCUAAUACCACCAAAGAAAGAGCUUUAGUAGCUAAAAACCGAUAUCAUCCAUUCGACGCUCGAGCUCGUGCUCUGUCCCAAGCGGCUUCCACUUCGGGUACACCGGGAAACGAACAAGCAGCAGAUGAUACUACUUUCUUGGAACGUCUGAUGAAAGAGGAUAAUCUCAAAAAGACCUUUGCUAGAAGGACGAUGGUUGAUAAUUUGGCGGUUAUCGUCAUGGCAAAAGAAACAGUCAUACAACAUUCAGUAGUCUUUGAAGAACUCAAAUUACCAAACUUCGAAUACGAACUAGUUCGUCUCAUCGCUUUUCCAGGAAGACUCAUCAUUGAAGCUUUAAAAGUUCGAUUGGACGCAGCUGGUAAACUGGUUUCACCGAGUCAAAUCGUUAUAGAUGAUAUGCUCAUCAAUUUCAAACUUAUCAUCGGUUUAUCUGUGGUCAUCAAAAAAGAAUACGAAGCUAUCGUAGCUCCUGAUCCUGCGAAUAGAUGGGUUAUACCACAUUGUUUCCCAUCGGAAUACGAUACGAUCUUGACCGAAGGGUUGAAGACUUUCUUCAAAUUGGUACAUUGGAAGUUGAGGUUGGGAUCGAGAACGAUGUAUUUCAGCGAAACAGCCGUUUUGGAAAAAGAAUGGAAGUUUAUGUAUGAAGCGGCUCAGGGGAUACCGGGGGGUGAUACGGUGGUUGCGGAGCAUUUCUGUAACCUCGUCAACAAACUCAUGGUCCGCAUGGGAAACUACUUUGACACUCAACUUCACGUACCUAUACCCAUACCACCCGGAGAGAAACCACGUAAGAAGAGCAUUGAAGAGAGAUUUGGUGGUGAGAAAAGACCUAUGACGACGGAUGAGAUGUUGGUGUGGUUCAGUAAGAUUCUGGAUGCCGUCAAGAUGAGGUAUCGGAAAUUGCAGCGGUUUGCGAGACGCCUAUCAUCCCGCUUUGACAACUCGGCAGAGUAUUCCCUCCCUGACGAUGUGCUUUCCCCCUUUAUCGAUCAACUCCAAGCUACUGGUCAUUUCCUUGUCUACACUCAAGUAUUUGAAGAACGUGGAACCUAUAUCCUCGCAGAUGGUUCACUGUGGAACAAGCCUGAGGCUGUUCGUAAUCUCCUCUCUCGAGCAUUCUCCGCCCGUAUACUCAGUCGAAGCCCUGCCGCCGCCAAUGCGACCUCACCCGCCCCUGAUCCUAACAUCGAAGAGGAUGGCCCAGAUAUGGGUCAGCAUUCCGACGGGGAAGAUUCCGAUCUGGAAGAAUGCGCAGGUGCUUAUCUCCUUCUACUCUCCCCAAGACAGAACUUUGGUUGGCGCGGAGCGAUCAUGACUCUUCCUCAAGACUAUAUCGAAUUCUCUCUCGAAGAUAAUCGCGUUCGUCUGAUCGCCGAUGGACCGACAACACGAUUACAGUUGUGUAAAGAAUUAUUCCAAGCUUCUUUGGAAGAUGUGGACCCGGAUCAACAGCCUGUUCAGAUCGAUUGUCUCGUACCUGCUCAAGCGCAUCUACCGAAGAUUCAAAAAGAACUACGUAAAAUCGCUCGCUCCACCCAACGGUUGAACGAGAGUAUAAUCGAAUCCGCAGCUCAUGUCCGUCGAGCUCUUGGAGGGACCCCAGGGACACAAGAAGAGGUUGAGAAUUGGUAUACCUUCGCAUCCGAUCAUGGACGACGAGUAGCUGUUCAUGUACCCGAUCAAGCCAAAGCUCGAUUCGUCAGACUUCUCAUGCGUCUGGCUAUCAGUUGGGUAUCAUUCAUCUGUGAUAAUUGUGAUCCAACCGAUUGGAGAACAUUCCGAUGGACCGUUAAUGCUUUACGAUACGCUCACACUGUCACCGGAGGUGAAAACAUCUUACAUUUAGAUUCACAAGAAUUCGCUCUAUUAAGAAAAUCCGUUGCUGCACUGGUUUCUUUCCUCAUACUUCAUUUCGACGUCUUAGGAGCUAGAAGUUCUAUGGAAGCCAAGAAAGAAACCGAUAGAGUUGAAGCUAUGCGUAGAUUACAACGUCUACAAGAAAACAAAGAUGAUGAUUUCCUACCUAGAGCAACAUCACCAAUGAACGGAGGUGUGAAACAGCAUAUGGAUAGAUCGAUCAGGAUAUCAUUGGAACAACGUUUAAAUGCUAUUUCAGAAUUAGAAGCUAAACGAAUACAUUUAUCAACAGAUCAACAUUUAACAGGACAAGUUUUAGAUGAACAAGUGAAUGAAGAUAGAGCUUUAGUUUUCUUAGCUGCUAGUUCUAGUAAUAUUGCUUUGAGAUGGCAACAAGGAGCUUUUAUAGGUGGUGGUGCAAACGGUAAUGUUUAUAUUGGAUUUAAUCUUGAUUCAGGUGGUAUAAUGGCUGUGAAAGAAAUCAGAGUACAGGAUUUUAGUAAUAGUCCUCAACUUUAUAAACAGAUAAAAGAUGAGAGUGACGUGAUGAGUAUGUUGAGUCAUCCAAAUAUUGUUGAAUAUUAUGGGAUUGAGGUCCAUCGUGAUAGAGUAUACAUCUUUGAAGAAUAUUGUGAAGGUGGAUCUCUGGCUAAUCUUCUGGAACAUGGUAGAGUGGAAGAUGAAGAGGUUUGUAUGCUCCAAGCUCUCCGUGUCGUUCACUCCAUCUACACAAUUGGCUCCAUGCUCUUAGCUCUUGCUCUAGGUGCUAUCGUCAUCGUCAAAGGGAACCGAACCAUGGCCCGAACUCGCGCUCCCACACCGAACGAUGGGAUGGACGGAUUCAUGAAUUCUCUAGCUGGAACACCCAUGUAUAUGGCCCCUGAAGUUAUCAAGAAUGAAAAGAGCGGUAGAUUGGGAGCUAUGGAUAUCUGGAGUAUGGGUUGUGUCUUGUUGGAGAUUGUGACGGGUAGGAAACCUUGGAGUAAUUUGGAUAAUGAGUGGGCAAUCAUGUUCCAUAUCGGUAUCGCCACUCAACAUCCACCUCUCCCCGAUCCAAAAGAAAUGUCACAAUUAGGAAUCGAUUUCAUCGAACAAUGUGUAACUCUUGAUCCUGCUGAAAGACCCACAGCUACAGAGUUGUUAUUCCAUCCUUGGUUAGCUUCGAUGGUUCAGGCUAUGGUGAGUUAUCAUGUUGUACUGUUUUUUUUUGUUCUGUUUCUCUCUUCGUCUACACCAUGGAUAUCCUCUCCUUACUGA